AUGUAGACUUAGAUAGGGUCCAAUCACUCUGUUCUAAGAAUGAAUCGUUGCAGAAAGACCUGCAGACCCUGAAGACAGAGCUCGAGGACAGCCAAUCAGAGUUAAAAGACAAAGCAGAUAAAGUCAUGAAGCUCCGUGCUGAGAAAAAUAGGAGCACAGAAAAUGAAAAGGAACUGCAAACCAUGAAGCUGAAGAUUGAGGACAAGAAUAAAGAGCUGAAUGAGGAAGUAUCAAAACUACAACGUCUACUUAAUAAAGAGGAGCAGAAGAGGAGGGAUAUUGAGAUGGACGUGCAAUCCCUGAAAACAAAGGUGGAGACCAACGAUAAAGAGUUAAAAGAAAAAGAGGCUGAACUCUCGAAGCUCCGUGCCGAGAAAAAUAGAAGAGAACAAGAUGAGAAGGAGCUGCAGACCAUAAAUAGGAAGCUUGAAGCUGAGAAGAAAGAGCUGAAUGAUGAACUAGCUGAAGUUCGAAAUCAGCUCAGGGAACAGCAGCAGAAGAAGAAGGAUGCUGAGAUAACUGUAGAGACACUGAAGAAAGGGCUGGAAACCAACAGUACAAAGGUCAAUGAUCUAGAGGCUGAACUCUUGGAGGUCCGUGCUGAAAAAAAUAGAAGAGAACAAGAUGUGAAGGAGCUGCAGAACAUAAACAUGAAGCUCGAAGCCGACAAGAAAGAGUUAAAUGAAGAAGUAGCUAAAUUAAAGCAGAUGCGUGGGAAAUAGAAGCAGAUGUCCUGAUGUCCUUCCUGAAUGAAGGAGCUUUGAGACCAAAGACAUAAAGCUUCUCAGUCAUUUGUACACAUAGUAGGUCCCACCCCACUUACGUAUGUUCAAUUCAUAAUUAUUAACUACUUUUAUAUUUUUACAUCAUUUUUUUAUAUUAUACUACUUAGACAUAGACAGUAGGGUUGUGGGUCAGAAUGGCCUUUUAAUCAUGCCAGCUUGCAUACUAUGAAAAGUGCCUG